AUGACUGUUACUCCAGAGCAAAAAGCGCAGGCUUCCUCGCCAUCCCCGCCGCACAACCCCUCCCACGAAGAACACCAGUACUUGAACCUCAUCCGCACCAUCCUUGCCGAGGGCGAGCACCGUCCCGACCGCACUGGCACAGGGACACGAUCCAUCUUCGCGCCCCCGCAGCUACGCUUCUCCCUGUCCAAACCGGGUCCUACACCUUCCUCCGACCCGAUCCCCGUCCUGCCCCUUCUCACGACCAAGCGCGUUUUCCUGCGCGCCGUCCUGGCAGAACUGCUCUGGUUUAUUUCCGGAAGCACAUCGUCCGUCCCUCUUUCUGAAGUCGGGAUCAAGAUCUGGGAUGGGAAUGGCAGUCGGGAGUUCCUGGAUAAAGUUGGACUUGGACACCGAGAGGUCGGCGAUCUGGGACCUGUCUAUGGGUUCCAGUGGAGACAUUUUGGGGCGGAGUAUGUUGAUGCAAAGACUGAUUACACUGGCCAAGGGUAUGACCAACUGGCGGACGUGGUGCGCAAGUUGAAGGAGACGCCAUUUGAUCGGCGCAUCAUCAUGAGUGCGUGGAACCCUGCGGAUCUGGAGAAGAUGGCCUUGCCGCCGUGCCACAUGUUCGCUCAGUUCUACGUUUCCUACCCACCGUCUGCUGAAGGUGAAAGCAAGAAGAAGGGAACUUUAUCUUGCCAACUUUACCAGCGAUCGUGUGAUAUGGGUUUGGGAGUUCCGUUCAACAUUGCUUCCUACGCACUUUUGACUCAUAUCCUGGCGCACGCGACAGACUUGAAUCCCGGAACGUUGAUUCAUACUAUGGGUGAUGCUCAUGUCUAUCUCGACCACAUCGACGCUCUGAAUGAGCAGCUUACUCGCGAGCCUAAUGAGUUCCCGGAAUUAAAGAUCAAGCGUGAUGACCGGGGAAGCGGUGUCAUUGAUGGCUGGAAGGAUGAUCAGUUUGAAGUGAUCGGAUACCAGCCGCAUAAGGCAAUCAAGAUGAAGAUGAGUGUCUAG